UCCGGGGAGACCAGAUAUAGUGAAUGCAGGGUCCGGGGAGACCAGAUAUAGUGAAUGCAGGGUCCGGGGAGACCAGAUAUAGUGAAUGCAGGGUCCGGGGAGACCAGAUAUAGUGAAUGCAGGGUCCGGGGAGACCAGAUAUAGUGAAUGCAGGGUCCGGGGAGACCAGAUAUAGUGAAUGCAGGGUCCGGGGAGACCAGAUAUAGUGAAUGCAGGGUCCGGGAGACCAGAUAUAGUGAAUGCAGGGUCCGGGGAGACCAGAUAUAGUGAAUGCAGGGGUCCGGGGAGACCAGAUAUAGUGAAUGCAGGGUCCGGGGAGACCAGAUAUAGUGAAUGCAGGGUCCGGGGAGACUGGAUAUAGUGAAUGCAGGGUCCGGGGAGACUGGAUAUAGUGAAUGCAGGGUUUCGGGGAGACCAGAUAUAGUGAAUGCAGGGUCCGGGGAGA